AUGCCCGCCCGUGCCCUGCUGCUGCGGCAGUCGCAGCUCCUGGCCCGGAGGACCGCCGUUAGACACGCCUCGUCCACCUCCGAGGCCGCCUCCAAGGCCAGCCAGACGGCCUCCUCAGCGGCUUCCAAGGCCCAGGAGGGUCUGUCCAAGGUCACUGCCGCUGCCGGCCCUGCCGUCUCCAAUGCUGCGUCUGCCCUGCGGAAGGUCGGUGGGCCAGUCGGCAAGGUCGUCUCUUUCGUUGACUCCAUGAUUCCCCCUACGGUUUACUACUCACGAGUCGGCAUGGCACUCGCCCGCCUGGUCUUCCGUGGCCAGAACAUGACGCCUCCGUAUGGCCUGCUGGCUCGCGUGCGCAAUGCCAACAAGAAGGAGAUCGCCCUGGCCGGUGUCACCGCCGCAGAGGUCAUUGGUUUCUUCACUGUCGGCGAGAUGGUCGGUCGCAUGAACAUUGUCGGAUACCGGGGCGAGCCUGUGCACGAACACUAG